GGCCGCGCUCUCGGCUUUCUUGUGGAUUCGAAGCUGCGCUCGGUCUCACGCGCUCCGGUAUAAAAAGGGCUCGAGCUCGCCGCCAGUCAUGUCAGUCUCAGUCGCUCCGGAGAAACGGCAAAAGAUGGAGUUUGCGCUUGACCAACUGAAGAAGUACACUGUGGUUGUGGCGGACACGGGCGAUUUUAAUGCCAUCGAAGAGUACAAGCCACAGGAUGCCACAACAAACCCCUCCCUUAUCCUGGCUGCUGCAAAGAUGCCCACCUACCAGCAUUUAUUGGACCAGGCCAUUAAAUAUGGAAUUGCCAAUGGAGGGAGUGAAGAGGAACAGGUGACAAAUACCAUGGACAAGCUGUUUGUGAGCUUUGGCCUGGAGAUCCUGAAAAAAAUCCCAGGGAGGGUGUCUACAGAGGUUGAUGCCAGGCUGUCCUUUGACAAGAAUGCAAUGGUGUCUCGCGCACUGAGGCUCAUCGCUCUGUAUGAGGAGGCAGGAGUGGGCAAGGACCGGGUGCUGAUCAAGCUGUCUUCCACCUGGGAGGGGAUCCAGGCUGGCAGGGAGCUGGAGGAGAAGCAUGGAGUCCACUGCAACAUGACACUGCUCUUCUCAUUCGCCCAGGCUGUGGCAUGUGCUGAAGCCCAUGUCACCCUCAUCUCUCCCUUUGUGGGCCGCAUCCUGGACUGGUACAAGGAAAACACAGAUAAAAAGACCUAUGAAGCCAGUGAAGAUCCAGGUGUGCUGAGUGUGACAAAGAUCUACAAUUACUACAAGAAGUUUGACUACCCAACUGUGGUUAUGGGUGCAUCCUUCCGCAACACAGGGGAAGUGAAGGCCCUGGCAGGUUGUGACUUGCUGACAAUCUCUCCUGGCCUGCUGGCAGAGCUGAGCAAAGACCACAGUUCAGUGGUGCCCACCCUCACAGCACAGGGAGCAAAGGAAUGUGAGCUGGAGCAGAUUCAUUUGGACGAGAAGGACUUCCGCUGGCUCCACAAUGAGGACCGCAUGGCUGUAGAGAAGCUGUCUGAUGGCAUCCGCAAGUUUGCAGCUGAUGCUGUCAAGCUGGAGAGUAUGAUCAAGGAGCAGAUGAUGGAUGUGAAGAAUGGAGAGUGAGGUGGUCAUGCUGGGGUGCCGGCCUUGGCCUUGGCCUCCUUCCUCAGGCUGAAGAGGGACUGGGAGUGAUGAGCUCCGACUUCCCAUCCCAUUAUCUUCCUGGAUCAGUAUGGACAGUGGGACUCGGGUCACACUGCAACCCCUGAACACUUCUUAGAGGCCAGAAGAUUGCACCUUAUCACUAAGGGACCAAGACUCCUGUUGCCCCCCCCCCCAAGACCCAGCUGUUUUGGCUUGAACCAUUUCUAAAAUCUGUCCAGAAUCAUUUUGUAUGUAAGACCAGUGGCAUUUAUCAGUUUGUGUCUGAUUAAAUUCUUCUGCCCCUGUU